AUGGCGGGUGUUCUCACGUGGAGGAGUCGCUUCGGGGGCGUCUUUGGGAAUAAGACCAAAUCCGACAGUGCCGAAGCCACAGAUGACGAGAAUGUCAAUAUUCCAAAAUGGAGUAUGGGUGUUCUCAACGACCCCAAAACGAUUGAAGUUCCUGGUUCGGUGCUUCUCCUCGCCGCGCAUCGCAAUGAGCCACUCGGCUUGCGCAACGCGCCCGCAAGGACUUCCCACUCAUCCAUCCCCACCGGUUUCCCCGAGCCGAUAGACACACCAAGCGGCCGCCAGUCCCCGGCCAACGCGGCCCCACUAGAGCCCGAUGCAAAGACAACCAAGGACGGAAUCAUCCUCAACCCCCAGCCGGAAGAGUCGGCCAAUGACCCCCUUAACUGGCCUUCCUGGCGACGCGAUUGCGCCUUACUGUCCCUCGGUUUCUACUGCAUGGUUGGUGGUGGCAUGACCCCCUUGCUUGCCGCCGGCUUUACCAACGUCGCUCAAGACUACCACAUUGAGACGGAGACCGUCUCCUUGACCACUGGUCUGUACAUGAUGGGCAUGGGCCUUGGCUCCGUCAUCUUCUCGCCAACAGCUAUUCUCUACGGAAAGAGACCCGUUUACCUCUUCAGCUCCAUCAUCUUCAUUCUCAGCUCCGUGUGGGCAGCCCUGUCGCCCAAUUUCACCUCUCUUAUCUUGGCCAGAAUUUUUCAGGGUGUCGCUGUCAGCCCCGUCGAGUGUCUGCCCUCGGCCACCAUUGCAGAAAUCUUCUUCCUUCAUGAGCGGGCGUUUCGAAUCGGCAUCUACACUUUGCUGCUGCUCGGUGGCAAGAACCUCAUCCCGCUCGUCAGUGCCCUCAUCAUUCAAGGUCUGGGAUGGCGAUGGACUUUUUGGAUUGUUGCCAUGGUCGUCGCCUUCUGUGGCGUGCUCCUGUUUCUGUUCGUGCCAGAGACCUUCUGGGAUCGGACACCGCUUCCCAAGUCACGAAAGCCAUCCCGCAGACCGAGUUUUAGUCGCCGAUGGUCGUCACGCCAUCAAGUACCCCAUGCGCUUAACGGUCAUGACGAUGCCGUCGAAGUUCUCACAAGUCCUGCGCCCCAGUCGCCGCACGCUGCUUCGCAUCCGCACAAAGAUCUUCACGUUGGAUUCGCACCAGACCUUCAUGAGAAGCAGGACGACAGUGUUGAUACGCUAGCGAAAGACACGAAGAGCGAGACACCUGACUCCUCUAACCCAGUGCCUGUCUCUCGGACGUCUGGUGCGUCCGGUACACCUACUCCUGGAUCGGAAUACUUCCACAACGCCCCGGCUGUCGAAAGUGAGAAAUUCAAAAUGCAGGCUUCCGACGUCAACUCGCCACCGAAGGCCCUGGCCUACACCCACACCCUCCGUCAUCAGCCCGCAAAGUCCUUCACUGAACAGCUGAAGCCUUGGAACGGCCGUCUGAACCACGACAGCUGGUUCAAGGUCAUGCUCCGGCCCUUUAUCCUGUUCGCCUACCCAGCGGUGUUGUGGUCCGCCGCGGUCUAUUCCCUCUCCGUCGGCUGGCUCAUCGUCGUCUCCGAGUCGGUGUCCCUCAUCUAUCGCAACCGCGCUACCUACAACUUUGAUGCCCUGCAGACGGGUCUCGUCUACAUAUCCCCCUUUAUCGGUGGCAUCCUCGGCACCGCUGUCGCCGGCAAGGUGAGCGACAUCAUCGUCAAGGCCAUGGCCCGCCGCAACGGUGGCCUCUACGAGCCAGAGUUCCGCCUCGUCAUGGCGGCGCCGGUGCUGCUGACUACCGUCAUCGGCCUGAUGGGCUUUGGCUGGUCCGCACAGGAGCGGGACCUCUGGAUCGUGCCAACCGUCUUCUUCGGCCUCAUCUCCUUUGGCUGCACGCUAGGGUCCACGACAUCCAUUACCUUUUGCGUCGACAGCUACCGGCAGUACGCGGGCGAGGCGCUCGUCACGCUCAACUUUAGCAAGAAUAUUUUCCACGGCCUGGUGUUUAGUCUGUUUGUCACGCACUGGAUCACCUCUGACGGACCCAAGAUGGUGUUCAUUUGGCUGGGGGUGAUUCAGCUCAUUUUUCUGGUUGCCACCAUUCCCAUGUUCAUUUACGGGAAACGGGCGCGCAUGUGGACUGUCAGGAAAAACUUUAUGGAGAAGUUCUAA